CAAAAUUACUUGUAUUGAGGAGUUUUUCUCGUCCGUUUUAUUUCUGUAUGGUCAAGAAGCUACGUUAAAUCUAAAAGGAUAGCAAAGGACUGAAAAAGAAACUAUGAGAUUAUUUUGUGAUGACGAAUUCCAUGUGAUCUUCUUAAACUACUGACGGUGACUUUGGUUUUUCCCGAGGGCAACCACCUAUUUCCUGUUCUUAGUGCUGCGGUGUGGGUAAUCGGGAAUUCGUUUCUGAGUUGACCGAAGUCGAUCUCGCCAAAAACAAGCCUAGUAAACGUUGCUUAACGAUUCAGAAGAACUGAAAACAUAUGGAUACUCCCACAGCAAAAUCGACUUUGAAGUAACGUCAAAUGUCAACUUGGACAACAGAGAAAACGACAAAUUACGGAGCCAGUCACUCCAUUCGAGAGAACUAAUGAAGAUCUCCCGGUGGCGAAUACUGAUUAAUCUAUUAUUCGGGUUGAGCUUGUCUCCCACCGUACUGGGAAGCCUCUUCUCCUGCCGAAACAUCACGUGCCCACAGGGACUUACCAACUGCGUUGUGGAGGACAUUAUUUUACCAAAAUCAAAUCCAGAAGGGGUUCGGAAUCUGAUGGUUGAGCCUUUGUCUUGCUGCAUAGACAACAGAACAUGCAGACCCUGUCUGAAUAUCAGCAUCCAAUUUGACAUCAGUAGUCUCUCAUCACUAAUGCCCACAGAUGGUGAAGAUGACCCUGACGGAUCUUAUGAGGCCUCAGGAAUGGAUGAGGAGAUCCACAGCAGCGACCUCAAUUCUCAGGAGUCCAAACAUACACUGUGUUCUGUGACAAUGAGCCUCACUCCUGCUGGCAGCACUCCCCAGUACCAGAGAAUAGAGUUCACAGUGGCCCCUACAGCUUUGAAAGAAAGCAAUAAUACUAGGUGGCUGACUCUGGUGGAGUGUGCAGAUAUGUACUUUGAGACUGAAUUGCAGAUAUCUAUUGGUUCUUUCCACAAGCCCGUGAUAUUGGACAAAACGAAAAACGUGUGUUCCGGCUUCUCAGGAACACACAUGGAGUGUGACGUUCCUAAACUUAAAGUUCACAUAGAUCAGCCAAAAGGAGUGAUCUCUCUGCAUCCCACUGGACUGAACAUGUGCAUGAAGCAAAAACAGGGAUAUUGCAGGAAUUGGACUUCAAGCAAUGGGACAAUACCAGUGCAUUCUGCCACCCCUUGUCAGUGUUUUCAGGUGUGGAGAAAUGGAUGUCUUUAUCGGUCUGAGAGUUGUCCAUUCACCAACAUGUCAGAGCUUUGGUGGAAUGUUUGGAGUAAUGUGUCCCUGUCUGUGGCCCUUGCCAAGGAUAAUCGAGGCAGAGAAGUGCUCAACUGGAACGUAACCGCCCCCUGCAGGCUAGAGGCGGAACUGUGGCCAUGCCAGCUUGGAGCUGGCCCAGGCAGAAUCAGCUGCAGAGAGGUAGAAGGAUUCAGACAGUCCAUCCAUCCUAAUUCAACAUGGAAUGAGAAUAGAACAGGACCCUGGACAUCAGGGAGCUUUGAAAAUAUCAACCCUAAUCUCCCACUAUGUGUAAAGCUAAAAGUGAACGGAAUGAAAGGAAGCCUUGGGCCUUGGUGUCCAUUAGAGACCCAAAGGAGACACUGGAGCUUCUUUAUACUUAUUCCACUGCUGGUGUUAUGUGUGGCUGCUCUUGGCAUAUAUCUGCUGUGGGAUCCGCACAAAGGAGGACGGGGUAAUGUGCUCCUGUUGCACUCAUCGGACACAGACCCCAAAUUUAGAGAGUUGGUUUGCUGCUUGGGAACAGCUUUAGUUAAUCUGGGUUUUCAUGUGUCACUGGAUCUGUGGAAGAAGAUGGAGCUUGGAUCUCUAGGUCCCGGGCCAUGGUUGCAUGCCCAGCUGGACCAUCUGUCUAGCCAAGGUGGCAAAACACUGGUGGUUCUGACCCAGUCAGCCUGUGAGAGAGCUGAAUCCUUCUGUGAGCACUGGAAGGAGAAGAAGAGUACAGGAAACCAUGAGCCUUCUUCCAUACAUUCAGAUGUGUUCGCUGCUGCUCUCAGCCAUGUUCUGUCAGCUAGGAUAAAUGGUUGUGCUGGACAGCGUUUUAUCCUGGUACACUUUGAAUCCCAUCCUCUCUUUCCUCUGUGGAAUAGGCAGAAGGUUCUGGAACUCUUUGGGGAGUUACCCUUCUACCAACUCCCUAAAGACACUCAGGGUCUCCUGGCUGAGUUAAGUGUGGGGAGACAACCAGGUGCAAGGGGAAAGUGGAGGCAGAUCUGGUGGCUUAAGGAGGCAUCAAAGAGAGUGGUACAGGCUCUGCAUAGUUUGGGUUGUGGACCCAGAGGACUGAAGCCACCAACACUUUCACCAGACACUCCCAUUUGCAUGAGAAUAGAGGACAAGGAGGAGAAUGUGCCUCUACAGCAUGUAUCCUCACUGUAGGUUAGAAAUGUUAAGGCUCCACCCAAACUCAACCUACUGGCAGCAUUAAAACUUCUCAGCAGUUGCAUCAUUAACAGUCAAAUUCAGAACCUUACCUUUGAGACUUGGAAGGGGACCUUAAUAUAUAUCAGCUGGCAUCAUGAAGAAGUGAGCUCUUCAACCAAAUAAGAAUCUUGUAACGUUCUUUGCCCGAGAUUGCACAUGUAAAUAUGUAUAU